AUGACGACGAAGCCAAGCACGUCGGACGGCAGCUUUACUAUCUUAUAUUUCGCAUCAGCGAGUUCCUACACGUCCAAAGACGCUGAAGUCUUGGCAGCUCCUCUACCUGUCGCUAAGCUUUUCGAUCUUCUGGAAGAAAAAUACACGGGGAUCAAAUCCAAGGUGUUGGAGAGCUGCCUCCUUACAGUCAAUCUCGAGUAUGUGGAUGUACCCAGUGAUGCUUCAUCGACAGGACUCGUGAUAAAGGCGGGCGAUGAAGUUGCUAUCAUACCUCCGGUGAGCUCUGGUUAA